AUGUCUGUCACUUACCAACGAGUUGACAAGUUGGCGGAGAGGGCUGUAAAUGUGGAGGAGCACAUAGAAAUGGAGAAGGAAGCCAUGCGAAAAGACCAAGAGAAGGGCAAGGCGAAGAUGAUGCCAAGUGGUAGUGCAACCCGAAAGAGGAGUCGAUCAGACCAAGAAGAGAGUAGUUCAAAACUGGGGAGAAGAGGAGUUGAGUGUUUCUCAUGUGGAGAGUCGGGCCAUUAUUUUCGAGAGUGCUCGAAGGCAGGAGAGAGUGAUCGCCAAGUGCCAUCUCACAUAAUAUGUUACAAUUGUGGCAAGAGUGGCCAUUACAUGGCAGCUUGUCCGAUGAUCAAUGCCAUAGAAGCGGAACCAGAAGAAGAAAUCCCCCACUGA